AUGAGUUUAAACGGUGGUGAUCCACGUACAUAUAAAAAAAUUCAGGAUGAUAACAAUGGUGCUAAUAAUCAAAAUGAAUCAUCAACAUCAAAUAAUCAAAAUAUGAAUGAUACGAAUAAUUGUGCGAAUCAAACAGAUUCAUCAACGUCAAGUACUAAUUCAUCAUCGCAAAUAACAAAUAAUACCAAUUCAUCUAAUCGAUCAUCAAAUGAUCAUGGUAAAACAUGCUAA